UUAUACAGAUAUUGUACAUAUUGAAUAGAGUGUGUAAAUAAGAGUGUAUGAACAAUGUUCAUAAAUACUUGUUAUUAUGUAAGAUGCACGUUACCAUGACGAUAAAAACCCUUCGAUUUGAUUUGAUGAGAGAGAGAGACAUGUGACGUGACACGUGACCAAGUUAGUAGCAUGUAGCAGCAGCUAACCUUGUGAAGCUCAGGUUAGCUGGUGUCUCUGACCUGCUCCUCUCUGUCUUCGUCCUCCGCCUCACUGUUCGUCUCCUCCGCCGUUAGCCGCCGUUAGCCACCGUUAGCCGCUCGGUGAGCAGCUCUCAGCGCAGGGACACGGGGACAGGAUCAGUGUCUUGUUGUUGUUUGUCCUCCUGCAGCAGAAAGUCUUCACAUGUGUCCUCUGAUCCGCUCAUGUCGCGACAGUCGCGGCUGAUAGACUGCGGACAUUUCACUGCUUUUCUGCGCGGUUUGUCUCUCACUGCUCACACACAGACGAGACACGGCCGCGCAUGCGUGAGUCGCUCCGCCAUCUUGUUUGCGUGUGUUUAUAAUAACAAAAAAAAUAUUUUUUUGUGAUGGAAACACAGACCUUGUUCAGGUCCAGUUUUGUCCUCAUGGAGACCAAAGCCUGGUUCUGAUGAAUCUGUGAUUAAAUUUAAGGUCAGACCUGAACUUUAUCUCUACUGUGAAACUAACUUUGUUGUCACAAGUUUAAAGUGAUUGUUGUCUCUCUCUGUCUCUCACUGUGUCUCUGUGACUCUCUGUCUCUGUCUCUCUGUGUCUCCAGAAGUUUAAGACGAGGUUGUCAGUGAGUGGCAGCUCUAGAACCAGGAGAAGAAGUCCAGUCCGGACCAAGAGGAACCAGAGUGAGUGGAGAUGAAAGAGGAAGAGGAGGAAAUGUGCAGCAGUCAGGAGGAAGAGCAGCUUGUACUGAAGCAGGAGGCGGAGACUCGUGAUCAUGAGGAAAGUCAUCACAUGGAAGCAGAAGCAGACAGUGAGCAGCAGCUCCUCCCUCACAGCUCUCCUGUCGCUGAGAGCCAAGAUCAGACAAGAAGCAUCGUCCAGUACGAGGAAGAGGUGAACCAUCAGCCCACACUUUGUCAACCUGAAGUCAAGUUACAGCACAAAGACGUCCAGCAGCUGCUGCUGAUGAAAGAAGUUCCCUCUGAGCAGCAGCUGUGCAGCUCCAGUGUGGACCAGGAGGAGGCGCCAGAGCACCCCCACAUUAAAGAGGAAGAGGAGGAAGUGAGCAUCAAACAGGAGGGGGAGGGGGAGGCUGAGAUCAUUGCUGUGACUGUGAAGAGUGAAGAAGAUGAAGAGAAACCUGAGUCCUCACAGCUUCAUCAUCACAGUCUCACUGAGGACAACAGAGACCACUGUGGACCACCAGAACCAGAACCAGAACCAGCCAGCAGCUCAGGUCCACGGGGUCCUGAGGACCAGGCUGAAGACUCUUCUGAGACUGAAGACAGUGACGAUGAGGGGAAGGAGACGAGUGAAGCAGCCUCUGUAAGUGAAGACAGUGAGGACGAUUGGACGGAGGCGAGUGAAGCACCGAGUUUAAAAACAGUUUCCAGUGAAGUGAGAGGAGACGCUGGUGAGAAACUCAGCUGUUCUCAAUGUGCUGAAGGAUUUGAACAUGAGUCGCCUCUGAAGACACACGAGGACUCUCAUUUUAAAGAGAAACCAUUUAGUUGCUCCAUUUGUGGGAAAAGAUUUGGUCAAAAGGGUUAUUUGAGGAAACAUGAGAAAAUUCACACGGGAGAGAAACCGUUUCAUUGCUCGGCUUGUGGUAAAGGCUUCACUGCAAAGAGCAGUUUACAGUUACAUGAGAAAAUUCACACGGGAGAGAAACCGUUUAGCUGCUCCGAGUGUAGUAAAAAAUUUAGAAAAAAGAGCCACCUGAAGACGCAUCAAAAAAUUCACACAGGAGAGAAACCGUUCAGUUGUUCUGACUGUGGGAAGAGAUUUAAUCAAAAAAGCAAUCUGAAGUUACACGAGAAGAAUCACGCAGGAGAGAAACCGUUCACCUGCUCUGAGUGCGGGAAAAGAUUUAGCCAAAAGGGUAAUUUGAGGGAACAUGAGAAAAUCCACACGGGAGAGAAACCGUUUCAUUGUUGUGAGUGUGGGAAGAGAUGCAGACUAAAGAGUGAUUUAAAGAAACAUGAGAAAAUCCACACAGGAGAGAAACCGUUCAUUUGCUUUGAGUGUGGGAAACGUUUCAGACUCACAUGUGAUCUGAGGAAACAUGAGAAAAGUCACACAGGAGAGAAACCGUAUGGUUGCUCUGAGUGCGGCAAAACAUUUAGUCAAAAGAACAAUUUGAAGAAGCAUGAAAAAAGUCACACGGGAGAGAAACCAUACACAUGCUCUGAGUGCGGGAACAGAUUCAGUCGAAAGAACAAUCUGAGGGAGCAUGAGAAGAUCCACACGGGAGAGAAACCGUUUCAUUGCUUCGAGUGUGGGAAACGAUUUAGAAUCAAAAGCGAUUUGAGGAAACAUGAAAAAAUUCACACGGGAGAGAAACCGUUUGUUUGCUCUGAGUGCGGGAAAAGAUUUAUAAAGAAGAGCAAUCUGAAAACACAUCAACAAAUCCACACAGGAGAGAAACUGUUUGUUUGCUCCGACUGUGGACAAAGAUUUAGACAAAAGAGUCACCUGAAGACACACGAGAAAAUCCACACCGGAGACAAAUCACUGUGGCUGCUCUGAGCGGGGGACACGGUUCUGUCCAAACAUUCUUAAUGUUAAUAACAGGAGAACUUUAUACAGGAUCUGACAGAGGACAGUUCAGGACCAGAACCUGGGAUCUCGGACUGUGAUUUUCAUAGAAUGAAAGUGUUUGUUGUUUUAAUGACGUGGAAUAAAGUUUUUCUUCAUUUG